AUGAUUCCUCCUCACUUGAUAAGAAGCAUUCCAGACAGCUCGACGUCGUUUAAGAUGGUCUUGAAAGUAGCAUGGGGAAGCUCAUGGCCAAUCAAAAUCUCCAAGAACCCAAGCUUUCACUACAUGGAGAAAUUUGGAUGGGACCAGUUUGUGAGAGACAACGCUUUAGGUAAUAACGAGUUUAUUACCUUCACGCACAAGGGAAAUAUGUGCUUCAGCGUAAACAUAUACCAAAUAGAUUGCAAGGAGAUUCUCAAACCAAUAAAAUUUGCAACCAUUGCUUCUUCAUCUUCCGGACGGAACAAGAGAGAACAAGAGAAGAAGGAAGAGAUAGUGUCUUCGUCUGAAUCGAUCUAUCCUUUCCACAAAACAGCUGAAUCUACAGGAAGAAGACAAGGUCUUAGCUUGGGAAAGAAGAAAUCCGAGGAAACUGAUAAAUCAAAGAAGAAGAAGAAGAGGAAGGUGAAGACUGUUUGUAACGACUCUAAAGCUGGCACGUCAUCUCGUGUGCCAGAAUUUACACUCACCAUUAAGAAAUCAUAUCUCCUGUUCUUGGGGGUCCCUAAGAAGUUUGCGGAGAUGCAUAUGCCAAGGGAGUCAAAGGUGUUCAAGAUUCAUCAUUCAAAAGGGAAGAAGACAUGGGAGGCUACGUAUGUUGUCUCUGAUGUACAGUCAAGAUUCUCUGCUGGAUGGAUUCGUUUGGCCAAAGAGUUAGGUCUAGUGGUCGGAGAUGUUUGCACCUUCACGCUCGUCAAACCAACCGAGAUGGUUCUCAGUGUCUCCAAAAAUCGCACUCCAUGA